UCCGCCAGCAAUAGAUUCUGGCACUAAUGGUACUACAGUUCAGAUGCUAGCAAGCGCUCUAAAGAACAUGGCCGCCGCCUCUGCGAAUAGCAACUCGAAUGCUAAACUAUUGUCUCGAUUGAGCACGCCGAAGGAUUUGCCAUACUACUCAGGGGACCCCAUGGAAUGGCUGCAAUUUAAACAGGCCUAUGAAGAAUCGACUGAAGUCUGCAACUUCAAUCCGAAGGAAAAUUUAUGGCGUUUACGGAAAUGUCUACGUGGAGCCGCAAAGGAAGCGGUAUCAGCUUUACUCAUCAGCGCCGUAACUCCUGAUAAAUUAAUGGCGACACUGGAACUAAGGUUCGGUAAUCCAGAUAUAAUUAUAUCACGCUUGAUACAAGAAUUAAAAAAGUUACAUCCAGUGUCACAAGAAUAUCAAAAGGACAUAGUGUACUUUGCUGUGAAAGUGCAGAAUUUCGUGGAAGCAACACGAGCCGUCGGCCGCCAGGAAUAUUUACAAGGUAUAGAUGCAUUUACAUUAUUAUUAUCUAAGAUGCCAACUGUUCUUGUAUCUAAGUGGUCAGAUUAUAGUUACACACUGUUACUAGAAAGAAAGAAAUCUAGAUUAGAAUUAUUAUCCGAAUUUCUAACUCAAGAAGCAGUAAAGAUUUCCACAACAUCUAACUUAUGCUUAAUAAAUGCACGCAGCGAUAAAUAUAAAAAUUAUGAUAAUAAUAUAAGUAGCAGAUCACAUUCUGUUUUAGUACUGAAUGAUAAGUGUCAAUACUGUCGUGUUUCAAGAAACGAUUUAACAAAAUGUACGCAGUUUAAAAAAGCGCUAAGAAAAGAUAGAUGGCGAUACAUUAAGCGUAACAAUCUUUGUUACAAGUGUUUAUUGUCAAGUCAUCAGCGCGAAACAUGUCCGGCGCCCGCCUGCGAUAAAGAUGGCUGCGGCGGAGCGCACCACCGGCUUCUGCACUACCCCGUACCCACCGGGUGCAGGACUAGCAACGUCACCGCCGAACAAGUGAACGAAUGUCCACCCGUGAGUGAAACUGUGACCCAUAUUAACGUAAAUAAUCAACAAGUGUUAUUAAAAGUAGUGCCGGUAAAAAUUCGUGGACCAUACGGUGUUAUUAAUACCACCGCCUUACUUGAUGACGGUUCAACUGUGUCGCUCAUAACUACCGAUCUCGCUAACCGCGCGGGACUGAGCGGCCCCAGCGACACAUUACGUACGUGUGGUGCAUGGAAUAAUUCUGUAAAUUUAUGUAACACUACUGUUGUAACCUUUGAUAUUUUCUCUGUAAAUUCAUAUGAUAAUAAUGAUGUGUAUACUGUAAAAGCUCGUACCAUAAAUAAUUUAGAUUUGCCUAUACAAGAUUUAUCUACUGUUAAUUACAACUUGUAUAAAAAUUUGCGUAAAAUUAAAAAUGAAUUGUGUGUAAAAAAAUUGAAACCUGAAAUACUGUUAGGGCAGGAUAAUUAUCAUUUGUUAAUUCCUUUGCAAACUAGUUUAGGUAAUAAGAAUGAACCCGUCGCUACACGCACUCCCUUAGGUUGGUGUAUACAUGGUUGUUUAGGUAUACCGGAACAUAAACAAUCGUCCCACUCGACCCUCCUUAUCUCUGAGUUACACAGCUUACCAGUCGACGAGAGCGAGCGCAUGUUACGAGACAUCCAUGACGAGGUGCGACGGUCAUUCACCAUCGAGUCCAUGGGAGUGUCAGGUAAGCCACGGGAGAAUGCUGAUGAUAUCCGUGCCCUGACAGUGAUGGAGCAAACUGCUACACUCAUCAACGGCAGGUGGGAGGUUGGGCUACCAUGGAAAGAUGAAAGCUGCAGGAUGCCAAAUAGCUUCCCUAACGCUGUACGCAGAUUAAAAGGUAUAGAAAAGAAAAUUAUGUUAAAUACGGAAUAUGGUAACAGGUAUGUCGAAUGUGUUAAUCAUUUAUUACAAAAUGAUUAUGCCAGAGAGUUGGAAGACUGCAGUGUCUCGCCACGGACAUGGUACUUACCACAUUUUGGGGUAGACAACCCAAAUAAAAAAAAACUACGUCUGGUCUUCGAUGCCGCAGCUGGCACAAAUGGUUUGUCAUUAAAUGACUAUCUACUGAAGGGGCCGGACCUACUUACAUCUCUGUUCGGCAUUAUGGUAAGAUUUAGGGAGAACAGAGUAGCGGUGACCGGCGAUAUAAAAGAUAUGUUUUUAAGGAUAAAGAACAUGAAAAACCGUACGUGA